AAAGUUACCUAAAACUUCGAGAAAUUUCGAAAAUUUGUUCUACUGCUUAAGUUAACCUUAACAACACAACGUAUCGUGUAAAAAAUACCUAGAGAAUAUUUCAACCUGGUGAAGUAUUUAUCUAUAAAAAUUGAAUUAAUUCACUUUGAAUCAAAUCAUUCUAGUGAAUUCACUUCUCCCUUACAUAUACUAUUUUCGUAUGUCUCAGCUUAACUUUUGCGCACUGCAUAGAAACAUAGAAAGUUUUUUCUUAAGUUAUCCUGAAGUAAAAAUCUCGUUUAUCGUUUAUUUUAUUUAAAUUUAUCGUCUGCUUCCAGAGAUCCACCUAAUGCAGAACCUAAUGUACUAAUACCGAGUUGACACCUUCAGUACAUCGGUGGAUGUUGAAUUGUUAAAUGUUCAGUUGAACAUUUGCUUUAAUAACUCUCCGGUUAGCAAAUGCGACAACCUUUUUCGUCGAAGCCGGAAAGUAGCGGAGAGGAAAAGCAUUUUCAAUCUGUGUCACGAUAAGGAAAAUCUGUAUGAGUACCGUCGCGAUGUUUCCGUUCCAACUAUCAGUGAUUUAUAUAUCUCCUUUCCGCUUCGUUUUCUCCCCGCCAGUUAAUUCACCUGCCAACGACUGGUUCGUUUAUUUACAGAAAGCAUACACGAACACAGUUAAGCCCCAUGUCGCAUAUUGCUUCAGUCGUAGUGAACGAUAGCCCCUACUAAAGAGCAGGUGUUAGCACAGCGGCGUUGCUUUUACUGCAGCACCGAAAAUGGGCGUACGCGAUUUAUGGUAAAAUCAAUUUCGAUGAAGUUUGAUGUAGUUUGGUUUGAAUAAAUACACACAGUAACUGCUGUAGACAACACUAUCCUCUAAUCUGCGGGGACUAUCGUAUAGUCCAUCGCCAUUUAGGGACAUGAUUUCAGCCAGCGAUAGCGACAGCGACAGCGGCCAGCAGACGACAAGUGUGCAGUACAUCGUUUGUCGUGACCGAACUUGGAAGGGAAGUGAGCAUGUGCUCAAAAGGCGUUUUACCCGCAAACCCAAAUGAGCCCGUUGCUAUUCCUCGUCGAAUCGACUAUUACCGUUGCUGGGACACAGCGGCCAAACUGGGAUACACACGGACAGACAAUCGAAGCAGACGAUUCUCGCCGGCCCAACGCUGUUCUCCUAGGCGAACUGCAGCGCUGCUCGCUUGCACCCGCUCACCCAUUCGCUCACUAACGACGAGUGCACGGGUGGAAGUCUGGCUGGCGCUAGCGGUAGUGUUGUUAUGACUAUUGCUGCUGAUGCUGCCGCAAUAGUAAAAUGUGUCUAGUCCACAAGCAGCAGCGGUUCGGCUAGCAGUAGCUGUUGCUGGAGAACCAAGUGCAGUCUAAGCAGUGCAGGAGUGAACGGCUCCGGGACGAGAGUAGUUGGUGUCCGUACUGGGUUUGUGUUGUUGUGUACGUCGCUUCGCCGAUUGAAAAUUGGCAACAAAUCGUUGUUGUUGUUGUUGUUGCCGGACGUCGUGCUCGAUCAGGUCGACCCAAUUAGGCACCCACCCAUGAGGAUUAGCUUAGCGGAUGCGGUACAGCUUCUCAUCGCUCAGGUCUUCAUCACCGUCACCAGCACGAGCGCUACGAAUGCGACUAGCGGUGGACAACGUGAGCACAGGGAACUACAUAAAACACACGAAACUUCGUGACUUUAUCAUCGGCAGCGUCGGUGUACUGCCAAUAAGUAUUGCAGCGGCAGUAGCAGCAUAAGCCAGAGCAAACACGGCUUCAAACGGUGUUGUCCUGCUGCAAUAGCAGCUGCAGUGAGCAACGCCAAUCUAUCGGGAGUUCAGGUACCAGCUGUAUUGCUACCAUAGUAUUUUACCAUAGAAGCUUCCUGUAGUUCGUGUCUAGUACAAUUGCAAUCCCUGCUAUUACCACGACAGGACUGCAUGGCAGUAGCUCUAGGACAAGCUGUGUUGCUGUAAGCUUCCUGCGUUGUUACCCUGCCAGGUAACGAUUAUCGUAAGCCGUUUGGAGAGCCGAAACAAGCUGGGUUGAGAUAUUGCGGUUCAGUCGUUGUGUGUGCGUCGCUCGCUUCACUCUAACGUGCAGCAUCGAAGUCCGUGCGGUAUGCUUUUUCCGUUUUGUUUCUCGUGAGCAUUGUUGCGCCUCAGUGCCAGGAAACGUGUGUCUGUAAGUGUUUCUGUAUUGUGUAUGUAAAUUUACGUGAGUCGGCUACGCAAGGAGUAAAAGUGCGUACAACAGCAUUGCUUGGCGCUGUGAAGUUAAUCCUUCGGCUCUCACGGGCUGUUUAACAAAAGGUGAGGUAGUCGAAGCAUCAUUAGUCGAUGUUGUAAUAGUGCGACACGAGAGCCAUAGCAGAAGCUGCGACGACAGUAGCAACGAAGGCUCCUGACUACAGUUAAUGUGGCCUAAACGAGGCGUGUUGUGAAGAACAUCCGAAUGCAAUGAGAUGAGCCACCGCAGUCCCGCCCGCGUCCGGGAGGAGCUUUACCAGCGGAUCGACGAGGAUACUCCUGGCACACAACAUCACCAUGGGAGUGGGGCAGGGAGUCCAUUGCGCAGUCCACUCUAUACACACAGGCAUUCGAAUUCGGCGGGAGGCAGUUCGGACGGCAGCGGGCCCCGGCCGCCACAUCGAAGACAUCAACCGCAUCAUUCAUCGGGUUCGAGUCUCGAAAUGGACUCCGUGCACCAUCCGAUCCACGGCGGAUCCGCACACCACCAUUUUAUGUUACAACAGCAACAGCUUGGCCAUAGACAGGAUUCACCCGGUCAUUACGGAAUGUCACAGUACGAGCAGAUCGGUGGUGGAGUACUCUACGAAGGGGUCGGCCAAGGCCAAGUUCCCCUGAGGCCACUGCAACACUACCCAGGCCAACAACAACAAUUUCUACAAACAACUGCCACGCAACAGCACCUACAACAGCAACAUCAGUCUCAUGGGGAACAUCAUCAUUCAUCCAGCCCGCACAAGGUCAAGGAAUUGGAGGAAGCCCGUCAGAGGAUUACGCAGAUGGAAAAGACCAUGCGUUGGUGGUCAGACUGUACUAACAACUGGCGAGAUAAAUGGAGCAAAGCUCGCGCCGAGCGAAACGAGGCCAAAGAGGAACUCCGACGUAUGCGGACGACCUGUGAACAGCAUACGAAAGAGCUCGAGUCUCUAGCGUCGGAGCGAGGCACGCUCGAACAAGAGAUUAUCAACCUCCGCUCGGAAGUUCACCGGCUUAAGGAGAUAGGUGAGCGACGUGUGGUGACUCGCGGAGCUGAAGGCCCGGCCGGCUCUCCCUUACCAUCGCGGCCUUCGCCAACCCAUACUGAAGAAACUACCGAGGGCAAUACUACGCCGGACAAUACGACCCGUUCAUCGAAUAAUAAUAAUAAUACUCAUGCGCUUGCCGAGUCGCUAAUGCUCGACAAACGGAGAAUGGGUGAUGAGAGCGGUAGCGCGAUGGCAGUAGGCGACUUGAGCCUCACGGAUAACAACCAGAUGCUGCACAACGAACCCGAACCCGAUGGCUUACUUGAUAAACUUGAUUCGGAUGCGUCGUUCGACCUCGGUGGGGCUAGUGGCGUCAUUCUCAUGAACGCAAACAAUGACGUCGCAGCAGGCAAUAACCUUUCUGGAGGACGAAGCGGCAACCCGGGUCUUGCUGAAAAAAUGUCACCUAUUGACGUUAAUGGACGUGGCGGUUCGGUCUCGUCGAAUGAAAAGAGUUUCGCCGAGGAGCUUCUGGCUCUGAAUUACUACGGUACCGGGAGUCAUUCCGGAGUGAAUCCAGCUACGACGGGCGAUCAGGAUCAGGCAAAAAUUGCUUACCUGCAGCUGCGUUUGCAGGAUGCCCUGCGACAACUUGCCAAUGAGAAACAGGAGAAUGAGCGGCUGAACUCUAAUUUAGCCGUUCUGGCGAGUGGCCAUCAUGAAGCGGCAGCUGUAACUGUAGCAGCGGCCGCCUCAGGCACUCGAGAAAACGGCGAGGCCUUAAGCGAUCAGAUAGCCAGUAGUACAUGCACAGAGGCUCAAGACGGCGACCCUCUCGCCAUAGGCAUUGGCGAGUUCGAGGCAGAGGAAAAAAUACAAAUGCUGCAGGUCAAGCUUGAAAAGCUUCAAGAGGAAAACGCAGCCGAAUGGCAAAAAUGUGAGCGGUUAGAGUCAGAAAAGAGUGCCCUAGAACGUGAGAACAAAAGAUUGAAGAUCCGUAUUCUUGAGCUUGAGGACGUCGAGGGCGCCCAGACGGGCGGCGCAACUCUGCAGACGCCAGCUGGCCAGGGCGGAGGAUCUACUUGCAACACGGGAUCAACGUCCAGCUCUAGCGAAGGUAUCGGUUCCAUGGGAACGUGUGGAACCGGAGAUCUGUCGGGUGUAGCCGGAAAUGCCCUUCCAAAUUCGGCAUGUGCAGUCCAAGUUAACAGCAAUGGACAACAAAUGAUAAUCACAGCUGGUCAGGCGGGAAGUGGUAUUCAAAGCAAAAUUCACCAAGAGCUGGCGCAGGCACACCAAAAGUACGAAAAGUUGAAACGAGUCCUACAGGACAAAACUGUUGAAUUGGGUCACGCUUUGCGGCGAGCGGACGCCUUUGAACAAGAAGUCAAGAAGCUCCGGUCGCGAAUCGAAGAGCUCAAGGCAAUGCUGGGAGCUGCCCAGGAUGAGCUUGAUUCAAAUCAAGCCAGCGUACGUAAACUUAUCAAUCGAAAUAAAGAGUUGGAGCUCGUGGUUAAUAAGCUUCGGCAGGAAAACACCCAGUUGGAAGCCCAAAGUCGACUGAACAACCUCCAGAGCCCGCACCAGCGAUCCAACUCGCUUCGGGCUCCGAAGAGUCCCAAAAGCAAACUGCCCAUUCCCCAGUCAAAGCGAGUAUUUCCGGCCCGGCUUGGACGUCAAUCUUCCGACCUCUCGUCCGGCCCAAGCGUGGGUCUUUCCCGCUCGCCCACCUCUCCCCUUCUGCCCCCACUGGCUCGAUUCAGUCCCCGGGAAUUGGAACCCCUGGUACCCCUGUUCUCUGGACUUCACCACGUACCACGCUUUCCGGCGGCAACAGGCCACGCCAAAGUUAACAGCACUUCUAGCAGCAGCAAUAAUCGCAAGCCUAGUAGUAGUAGCAGCAGCGGCGGCGGCGGCGGCGGCGGCAGCAGUGCUAAUAACGGAAACAACAAUAACAAUAAAAAUAGCAAUAGUAAAUCAAGCAGCAAUGUCAUCUGCUUCCUCUGAGCAGACAGCAAUAUCGUCUGCUACACAUACGAAGACGAAUAUAUUAAUAACAUCUAUGUAACGUAAAAGAUAAAUGAAUAUUUUAGAAAAAAAAGUACUAGCAUAAAGAGAUGAGGAAAAAGCAAAUCAUUAACAAUAUCACCAAAUGCAGGAAAUAUUGCAAAGAGCAUCUAUCGGUAAAUGCAUGCCAUAAUGCUACAGUUUAACGAUGACUCGGAACUGUAAACAACAAUUUCUAAAACUCUCCAGGUUUUCCGAUCUAAAUUUCCAGAUCUGAAUCUGCCUGACUGCUCUACCUUAUUUCGCGUUAAUAAUGACUAAUUUGAAUUUGACUUGGGUAAUUAUGGGAAAAAAAAUUACCAUAUUACUCUACGGCGCCGCAGGAUGUAAGUGUACGCAUCGAGGUGUAAGCAGGGCGCACACACCUCGGAAUUAAGCCAAUCUAAUACAUACUAUACAUGAAAGGGUCUUUGAUUAACUCAUGGGUGCUUAGAAUGCUUAUAGAAUCGUUGUAGCCUAUGAUGCGAGAUGGAAGAUCGAAAAAUCAACCGCUCAUCAUUGACGCGGAUAGUUAUAGCACUACAUACACUGAAGUCCACAUUGACUGAUGACCGGACUCGUUAACCGUUAAUUUAUUUUUAAGGCAUUUUAAGCAAAAUAGACAGUAUUUUAGCAACUUAAGUGAAACGCUUUUUGCGGCAAGCAGACAUUACUCCGCGUGAUAGUUUAGUGGGUAACGUAUUUGCGUGCUAAUGUUAGGGACACGUUGCGGUCUAGGUACGAACCCAUAGGGCAUAGACAUACGGUACGUUUCGUGAUGGCUACGAGCCAGCCAGCCGUCCGUCUGAUGGAAUGCCUAACGGCGAUACUGGACGUAAAACUCGAAACACAGAGACGUAGUUAUUUUCAAAGACAGAAAUAAAAAAAACAGGUCCAUGCAAAAGGGCAAUUUCCUUUUGCCCGUCCCUUAAAAAGUAAAAACAAAAACGUAAAAAAACCGUACUUCCAUUACAUGUAAUAUAUCUACCUAGAUAACAGCUAGUACCAUUUUUGGGUAACAGUAACGGUUGUGUAGCCGCAAAUCAGUAGUUAGGCGUCAUUAUUGUUAGGAUUGUUUGGCCAAUUAUAAUUAUUUAAAAUAUAUUUAUAUUUAUAUGACGGUAAACGUUUAACGUCAAUGUUGAAACCGAGACAAAAUUACAGGGUUUUUUUUUAACGGCGUUACUUAUUCUUACUGUGCAAACGAGUCCUCAAAAUCACCUUUUGGAUAUAGCAUCAAAAAAUCCUACUAGAAAUCUAGCCAAAGUGGGUGCUGUUGGACCUGUCUGCGGUUACUCCAACGGAUUUGGUAACGAUUUGCCAGAGCAGGCUUUGAACCAGGAAGGCCCGCAUGCUUAUGAUUACCAUGGCAACGCAGUGAAAGAGACGCAAUUUAGCCACCCAAACCACGCUGUCUCUAACAUUGAUGUUACUGUAAUAUGCACAAAGGACAAUCUGUGCAAGGUGUCCGUCUACUUGAUGGUUAUAGCUGGCUGCAUGAAUCAACGGAUGGCCGUAUAAACUCUACAGUUACUUCUCAAAAAAUAUAUUACUGCUUAGAGCAGACAAAAAAAAGUCAGUUUAAGAAAAUGGCAGCGUGUUUACGCCGCGCUCCACCUGUGAAUCAGUUGAAGCGUAAUAUUUACUCGAAAUGCUUAGAAUGAGUUCGUGGAACUGUAGACGGUGAUGGGGGAGCAUAAGCGACUAUAUACGACUCAGCCGAAGCGUAGGUACUAACGGGUAUACCUCGUACGUCGCUUACAUAUUAGUGAGAAAUGUUGAAAAGUUUUAUAACCAAUGUUUACAUAUAUACAAUACCGACAUAAACACGUUCAGAGGUACAGAAAGGAAAAAUGGAAGGGACCAAUGGUGUUUCAAAUCAGUAAGCACCGGUUAUGUUUGCGGUGUUCUAGAUCCCGCAGUAAAAAAAUAUUGGUAAAAGUAAAAAUUAAAAAAAAAACACGGACGCCUCAUAUCAGUUCAAUAAACUUGGUAACCAACUUUUAAACAAAAGCCACAGUAGAGCCCCUGUGAGUACCUCAACACAUUAUACAGGGGCCAUAGGACAGCGAUUCGAAGCAGGCCAGGCCGAAGGAGACGGCAGAAAUCAGGGGGAAAAAGUUUACGCACAGACACGUGCACAUGAACGAAGGCGUUCGCCUGAAGACAGAAACAGAAAAACAACCAAUACUCAGAUAGUAUGCCUGAAAAAUUUUAUGAAAAAUAGAAAAAAAUAUCGAGAAAAAUGUGUCGAUAAUGCUACGUCUAUGGCUAGCGGUGCUAAAUGUCUCAUCUUUACUUUGGCGCAAAGUUAGAGUCACUGCAGAAAACAGCGGAAGUUAGCAAAGUUAGUCAAGUUGUACAAAAGGAAAACUAGAAACUUUCUAAAAAUCUCAUUUUUCUUUUGAACGAAUAAGUUAGAAAAGGGCGAAAAAGCUUUUAAUAGCUGUCAGGAUGAUGUGUUAUUUAUGGUGAGUUUACCAGUAUUCUAUUUAUAUAUACAACUAAUAUAUAUAUAUAUUUUUUUUUGCGAGGACAUAGACUUGCUCACUUGUGAAAAUUACAAAAAGCCGACAAACAAAUAAACGGUGAACCUUCGUAUGUGGUAACUAUAACGAAAUGAUAUCCGCAGAGUUUUUAUUUGGUUUUGAUAUUUUAAUUGUUUUAAUGAAUUAAUUACGCUUGCCCUGAUGACGAUAAUUUCCAGUCGCAUGAUACGAUAAGCCAUAGGUAUAUAGGAUAUAUAAAACCCAAAUGUAUUUUCUUGUCUAAUAUAUAACAAUUUUAGAAGUGAACGUUACGAUAGAUAUGGAUAUUGAAAUGAGAGGUAAACGAAAUCGAGCUUGAGUGUUGAAGCUGAAUUUAUGGAAAUAGUGCCUCAAAACCGCCUCACUGCUUAAGUACGCUUAGGAUUUGAUGGCAUAUAGUAACUUUUGGUUAAUUCCCAAUAUGAACUUUUAUCUAUCAUUUGAAAUUCACGUAAUAACGUAUAAGAUCAUUGCUCCGCAAAACAAAAUACCUGUAUACGGAAUAUCAUUGAAAAAUAUGGGAAAUGUUUUGCGAACUCUAUAGACAAAUGCUCCUUUCGACAAUUAAACCCUAAUUAAAUACGGCUAAUGAAAAUAAAUAGUAUUACCAAUAAACGGCAAUCCAAGAAAAUCUGCAGUACUUGUCCUUGCAUACUGUUACUUCACCAAUGGAAUUCUGUGAAGAUCGCAAUUAUCGAGACAGAUUCAAAAAAGAUCUGCAAAAAAAAUCCCGUCACUUCGUUACACGCCACUUUCUCUCUAUCAAAUUUAACCGAUCCAGGGCACCUAUGCCUUCCGCGGAGAGAAUCGAGAAAAAUCCUUUUGACUUACUUAUAUUGCAUUGAUCUUGUUCAUUCUGUCUGUUGUUGUGUUUUC